AUGCCUCCAAAAUCUCGAAGACAAGCUCACGCUCAAGCUGCUGCAUUGGGUCGACAUCAUAGCCAAGAUCACCUCUUAUCGUUUGAAAAAGAAUAUGAUAGUAUAACACCUAUGGAUAUAGAAGAUGGUAAACAAGAAUAUGGUGAACAAGAAGAAGAUGAUGAUGUGGCUGAUGGAAUGGACUUCAAGGAUAAAAUGGAUCUGCCAAGUAUUGGUGAUGUGUUUGAAUUGUGCAAGCGUGGGUGUGGUUCACGUAAACUUUCUGUACUUCUAUAUAUGGUUCUACGUCAUUUUGGCCAUACAUGGCGAGCCAUUGAUGCUCUUCUUCAUGACAUUGAUGGUAAUCAGUGCAGGGUUGCUCAUAAAUGGACAAAAAGCUUCUUGACAGGUGAUUUCAAUGCAUUUGAAGAUGAUGGACGAGAUGGUAAACACAGCGAUGGCUUCUACGAUCUCUUUCCAGAACUUGAAACUGAAGCAAAAGUUUUCGUAAUUGAAUCUUGCUCUAAAAAAUCAGCAGAUUUUUCUGCUAUUGACUUGGCUAAAUAUCUGGAUAAAAGGUUUUAUGAACUCACUCAAGCUUCUAAAAUCAAUGAUACUUUAGUUCGCUCUUCUGAAAGUUGUCGUCUCGAUCUUAGACGUUGGGGUGCCAAGUUUCAACCGAAUAGCCAACGCCCUUAUUUUGAGGGACAUGAGCGAGAUGACGUUGUUAAACACCGCAAAAAAUUUGUAUCUUAUUUUUUAUCACGGAAAGAUCGAUACUAUAGCAUAUCAGAGGGUGAACAGCCAAUGUGGAAUAUACCAACUGGAAAGCCAUGCAUUUUGAUCUGUAAGUAUCAAUAA